GCAGGACCAGAAGCAGCAGCGAGGAGAGGCAGAAGCAGCAGAAGCGGCUCCUCUCCAUCGCAGAAGGGGCUCUCAGGUGGCUCUGUGGGCCCAGGCCCCUCUUCCUUCCAUUCAGAAAAACACACGGCAGUUAACUGCAUCCGCGUGUGCAUCUGAGAAGGAAAAAGCAAAAACCUGGCUCCGAAGCAGUCAGAAAUUGAAGCUGGAAAAGAAGCAAGUGAUGUACGUUCUUGAGGUCCUCUGAAGAGAUGUCUUGGAGACAACAGAAAUAAAUGACCCUGUAAAUUUUCUUUAUCCUACUGGACAGCUUGACCAGAGCACCUGGAGUUGUGGCCUAGCACAGGUGAUGGGGAGGAACUCUUCCUGGAUUAGACAAGGAAAACCUACCAACCACAAAGAUGCAAGCUUCAGAUGAGUGUAUCUGUGCUGCUAGUAUCCUAGCGGGAAUCAGAAUGCAAUGACCUCGAUGUGUGUUAUUACACAGGUAGAAGCUUCUAGAACUAUGCCGUAGCCAACCACCAUGUGCAGACAGCGCUGUCUGGACUCUAGAAGAUAUUCUGAUUCAAGAGGAUGUAAAGAAAUUCUCUAAGUCAAUAAGAAAAAUAGAAGAAACCCAAAUGGGCAAUGAGUGCAUGGGAACUCACCUCAGUGGAAAGGAGGGAAUGGCAAGCCAGCCCACCGAAGCCCACUGGCAACAUAGGACAAGCCUGCAAAGCAGAGACAGCCCCUCCAGGAAGAGCAGCCAGGCCUUGGGAGGACAUGGCCUCAGGACCAGACCCAGGGAGGACACAGUCACUAACCCCUGGCUCAUCUGGCAGGUGUGGGCAGCAGCCAGGCCCGUGGCUUCACCUGCUCCCCCUGAUCUCUGCCUUCAGCUGUCCUACAACCUGGGUCGAGCACCUAUGCACCAGUUUUAUGGCAGGCAGAGAUGCACCACCCACAUCCCCUUUCCAGGUAGGGCUUGCUCCCCUGGCUGUAGCGAGUGUGUCAGCAGAUGGCCUCCAGCUAUCAGCAACUUCAGAGAGCUGCCUUGCCUGAGGUCCCGUCCCUUCUGGGGAAGCUCCUGUCUGCCAGAGGGGCUACAAAAGCACAGUGGACACCAUGAUGGGCAAAUUUGGCUCAUGGGAGCACCACUGGUGGCUGAGGCACUGUUGGGCCACAUAGCAGUUGACUUUGCCCUCUCCACCUUCUUUUCACAAGAGUUGAUCCCAAUAAACAUCCAUCCUCUUCCAUCCCAAACUGUCUUGGCAUCUGCUUCUGCAGAGCCCAGCCUGGGGCAAGUUUCAUGGGAAAGGGCACGUCUCCUGCAAGUUGCCUGUGACCAGGAAGAUGGAGGAGGGAGAUGUGUCCCCAUGGGUUCCAGUUUGUCCUUGCUCGUCCCCUUCACGCUCACCUGUGCUUCCUGAAUGUAACCAAGAUACAGCAACUUCAGGCCCACCAUCAAACUUAUCAAACUUAUCAGCUCAAGCACUGCAGAGGGUAUAACUUCUUUAAUAAAUCCCUUGUUCCAGGCUGGGCAUGGUGGCUCACACCUGUAAUCCCAGCACUUUGGGAGGCUGAGGUGGGAGGAUUA